AGAGGUGGCGUAGAUAACUCUCUCUUCUCUUCUUAUUUUUCAUCUGCCCCUUCUAAGGUCUACGUCUCUUCUCAUUUCUCAUCUCUUUCGCUGUAUUCCGUUCUACCAGGUAUUGAACCCUAUAGAGCUCUUUUCUUCUUCUUCCUUCUAAGAGGGCAAAAUAGAGAAAAUGAGUACAUUAGAUGCAACAAGAGCGGAGCUUGCUCUCUUGGUUUUGUAUUUGAACAAAGCUGAAGCCAGAGAUAAGAUUUGUAGGGCUAUUCAGUAUGGAUCAAAAUUUGUCAGCAAGGGAGAGCCUGGCACUGCACAAAAUGUUGACAAAUCAACUAGCUUGGCACGAAAAGUUUUUAGACUUUUUAAGUUUGUUAAUGAUCUGCAUACUCUUAUAAGCCCCCCUCCCAAGGGGUCCCCUCUUCCACUUAUUUUACUUGGAAAGUCCAAAAAUGCAUUGCUAUCGACUUUCUUAUUUCUAGAUCAAGUUGUAUGGGCUGGUAGAACAGGGAUUUACAAGAACAAGGAACGCACUGAGCUAAUUAGCAAGAUAUCCCUUUUCUGUUGGAUGGGUUCCUCAGCUUGCACUACUUUAAUUGAGCUAGCGGAGCUUGCAAGGAUAUCAGCAUCGCUGAAGAAGUUAGAGAAGGAGCUGAAGCGAGCUGAUAAAUAUGAAGAUGAGCAGUAUCGCAACAAGCUCAAACAGUCAAAUGACAGGUUGCUGUCUCUGGUGAAGUCAUCCAUGGAUAUAGUGGUUGCUAUCGGACUGCUUCAACUGGCGCCAAAGAAGGUCACUCCUCGAGUAACAGGGGCUUGUGGAUUUAUAACCUCUCUCAUUUCCUGUUAUCAGUUGCUUCCUGCCACUUCAAAGUCAAAGACACCAUGAAAAUGGUUCUCCCUCUUUAGACCAUCAGUGAUGUCAAUAAUCCUUCGAUAUCAUAAGGUUUGUGGAUGAUGAGGCAAACUCAGUUCUUCACCUGUCUCUGGAACAAUAUAUGAUGUGCUAAAUUGUUGAUGUUUGGAUGGUUAAAAUUGCACUCUACUUUAUCUAGCAUUGCUAAAGGAAUAUGUGAGCGAUGCAUAUAGACAUGGCCAGCAUCAAUCUUAAGAUCGCAUACAUUCAAUUAUAGCGUAAGUUUCCAUUUUUC